AUGGUACUAUCACCGCUAAGCUGGGUGCUCUUUGCGCGUAGCAAAAAUAAGCGUCACAAUCCCGUCGUCCUCUGGCGUUCUACAGAGUUCAAGCGGCACCAUUUCAUCUACAUCAGCCCAAAGAGAGCCCUGGGAGGUUUUGUGGUCAGCGGCACCGUUUCAGAUUCCCCAAGCUGUAGCUCUGCAACUGUCUACAACCUUAUCUUACAGAACGGGAAUGUAAAACUUCUGGAUAAUGGUAAACCUAUUUCCUACUCUGCCGGGGAUACUUUCAAGGAGUUUCGCGGCAGCGAACCGCCGCCGGCCGGAUCUUCAACGGACGUUGGAUUUGCAACUACUGCUAGUGGGACGCUGGUUUGGAGCAAUGCAGAUCUGCCAUAUGGACAGGCAGGAUUCUGUCAGAGUCUCAGGAGCGGACAGUUGUUCGUCACAUUUACAUCGGAGCCUCCAGAUUGCAUUCCUGUCGUUGUUAAUGGUUUUGACGCGAACCGAUGCGAGAACGGACAAAUUGUAGGAUUUUCUCUCACCUCAGAUACCUUUCAGCAAACCCAGGCUUCAAACAGUGUGUCAAACUCUGUGAGAAGCGGAAUUGAGAGCACCUCUAGUAUUUCAUCUAAGCUCUCCGGUACCAUCAUUCAACCUACCAGUCAAGCUACCGCAAUUCCAACACCAGGUCAGCUUUUAACGUUCAUCCUCACAAUCGUCUUUUUUAUCAUAUUCUACUUAUCAGUUAUCAUUGAAAAGCUCUUCUGUAACAAAUUCACCGCCUGGUGGCAGCCCGAAGCCAGACGUACCAACGACCGCACCCUCACAGACAACAGCAACAACGCAAACCACUACAAGCCAAUCAUCUUCUCCAUCUCCCUCGCCCGCAAACUCUCCUUCGUCAACGGCCACGUCCACAAAUUCAAGCUCAACUUCAGCAAGCUCCACGUCAGCAAGCUCCUCCACGACAGCAGCACCAGCAAUCGCAUGUACGUUCACAACCACGGCAGCAACAUCCAGUAG